AAGAUAUUUGAAGUAUCAUUAUCCUUAAAAUAUAAGGAUUUUUUACAUUCUAUAAAACCCGGACAUUAUGUUUUAGUUGAGAGUAUACCAGGUAGCAAUAAAGCUGAGAUAGUGACAGCAUUAGACAACGAUAGUAUAAGACAGUAUGUUUACGACAAGGUGUGGCCACCGGAGUUUAAUCCAAAUGUUACAAAGUUUCAUGUCAGGAAAAAACAACGGCAGGCCGUAAAACAAAAGAUACGUCGGUUCAAGGGCUUACAUAGUGACAAAAAAUACUUGGCAGCGUACAAUCGUCAAUGUCAACCGUCCUCGACUAGUUCCAGUGAUAAUGUCCCCGAGGGUGAGUGUGAAACUUGGCCUCCGCGUAUGUUACAUAUAAUCGAAAAACACAAAAGAAACUUUAAACCAUGGUUCCCUCCUGGUCCAAAGCCAAAAAAUCUGAAACCAAAACCGCUGAUAGUAAAAAAGAAAAUGAAAAAUCAAGUACAACAGCACCUAUCAGUAGUGGAAUUGCAGCCACUACUAGUAAAGUAGAAGACGAUAUAGCAAUUAUUACAGAUAUUUGUGCACGCGGAGUUGGAGCUACCGGUAGUAAAUGUACGCCAUGGGGAAUACUCAGAAGUUCAAAAUACAAAAACAAAAAAAUAACUCAAGAAAUGAUCGAUGCUUUCAUACGAGACGAAGUAACAAAAGAACAAGAGAAACUAAUAAAAAAAGAGAAAUUAAGACGGGCCGUAGUAAAGACAUUAGGCGAGGACUUUGAAGUUAGUAGCAGCGAAAGCGCGGAUACUGGCCAAGGUAGCGGAUCUAGUGGCGAAGGUGAAGAUACAGAUGAGGAAAAAGAUAAGAAAACGAAAGACAAGAAAAAGAAAGAAAAGGAAAAGAAAGAAAAGGAAAAGAAAGAAAAGGAAAAGAAAGAAAAGGAAAAGAAAAAACGUCAAAAAAUGCCUAAAGGAUGUAGGAUUGCAGGUAUAAAGAACAGAGAAGAGAUAAUGAGGGAUACAUAAUGCCCAUUUCAUUUUGUCAAAAUAAAAUUCAUU